AGCUUUGGGGUGAUUGGAGCUGUGUUGGUGGAGAAUGAACUGCACAAUGAGAUGUACCUCAAGAACAUUGUGUUUGAUGGAUUAGCCUAUGGCAUCCUUACUGUCAGCUGUAACUCAUGGGUUGCUCCCAAGUCUGAUAACUCUGAGAAGAGAAUCUUCUUCACCAACAAGCACAAGGCAAGCGUGUUUGUCUUGGGUCUGCUGAUGUAUUAUCUGAUAUCCUCUGCUGCUUUAGGGGUUUCUGUAGACUCCGCGGGGUGUGUGUAUAUAUUAUGCGAACGCAAGACAAAUGACCGGAUUUAUGAUUACGAUGUUUACAAUGACCUUGGAGAUCCCGACUCUAAAUCUGAACUAAAGCGCCCUGUCCUUGGUGGGAAACUGCAUCCUUACCCUAGACGUUGCAGAACUGGCCGACCACACUGCAAGACUGAUCCAUUGUCAGAGUCAAGGAGUGCUAGUGUUUACGUGCCCAGAGACGAGGCCUUCUCAAAGGUGAAGCUGCUUACGUUUUCACUCACGACUGCUGAAGAGGUUGUGCACGCACUGUUUCAAACACUGGAUACAAUAUUUGUAGAUCCCGAUCUGGGCUUUGCAACCUUUACAGACAUUGAAUCCUUGUACAAUGAAGGGAUCAAAAUUCCGCCCCUCUCCAAAAAUGGGUUUUUGAAGGAUCUCUUUCCUGGGAUACUCAAGUGUAUUACAGACACCGAAGAACAGGUGAUACGAUUUGACACCCCAAAGCUGUUCGAAAGUAAGAGACAGAUUUUCUUGGUUAGAGACGAGGAGUUUGCCCGCCAGACUCUUGCUGGUGUGAAUCCAUACAGCAUACAGUUGGUCAAGGAAUGGCCACUGAUGAGUAAACUAAAUCCGGAGAUAUAUGGUGCACCUGAAUCAGCAAUCACCUCAGAGGUGGUUGAGCAACAGAUAAAGGGCUUCAUGAACCUUGAAGCGAUAGUAAGAGAGAUCAAAGGAACGACACUCUAUGGAUCAAGGACAUUGUUCUUCCUAACUCCAGAUGGGACCUUGAUGCCAUUAGCCAUCGAACUUACUCGGCCUCCACUAGACGAUAAACCUCUGUGGAGGCAAGUCUUCACUCCUUCCUCGUGUGAUGCCACGGCCUCCUGGCUUUGGAGGCUAGCCAAGACUCAUGUCCUUGCUCACGAUUCUGGCCAUCACGAGCUUAUUAGUCACUGGCUAAGAACUCAUUGUGCGACAGAGCCUUAUAUAAUUGCGACUAACCGGCAACUUAGCGCUAUGCACCCUAUAUAUAGGCUAUUGCACCCUCAUUUCCGAUACACAAUGGAGAUCAAUGCUUUGGCUCGAGAAGCUCUCAUCAAUGCCGAUGUAUCAUCGAGACAUCAUUCUCACCAGCCAAGGGAAUGCUGUGGAGGAUUUCAACCGCGCCGCAUGGCUGAAACUAACAAUCGAGACUACCCUUUUGCAAAUGAUGGUCUUUCCUCUGGGAUGCCAUUAGGCAAAAUUCGAACAGUAGGUCAUGGAGACAAGAAAGAUGAUCCAUGGUGGCCAGUGCUAAAUACUUCAGAUGACCUAAUUGGCACCGUCACAACCAUUAUUUGGGUUGCAUCUGGUCACCAUUCAGCUGUCAACUUUGGUCAGUAUGCUUUUGGAGACGAGGAGUAUCUUGGGGAGGAGAUGGAGUCAUCGUGGGCAGAGAAUCCAAAGAUAAAGGCAUGUUUUGAACUAUUUAAUAGGAAUCUGAGGGAAAUUGUAGGGAUAAUAGAUGCUAGGAAUAAAAACAAAAAUUUGAAGAAUAGGAGUGGAGCAGGGGUGGUGCCAUAUGAACUUCUGAAACCAUUUUCAGGACCUGGAAUGACUGAAAAGGGAGUCCCUAAUAGCAUCUCCAUCUAA